AUGUCCAGCAGCAAUGGCGACCAGCCUUUUGGCUCUCAGGACCGCCAGCAGGGCCCGUUUGGGCGCAAAUCAUCGGCCACCUCGUACAGCUUAUCCCUGACCGACUACCGAAGCUCUUUGGAUGUCUCACCGAUCACACCUUUCUCCCCCGCAACCCUGGAUCAUUCCACGUAUCCCCCAAUCCGCUCGGGACUCGAGUCACAGACCCGUUCGGCAUCGACAAAUCACUUUCCGCCAGGCGAUCCAUCAAACGACCGGACCGGGAGCGAGUCCCCUGAUCCCGACAGCUUUUAUCGACAGGGCGGAAGCCUGGGCGCAUCCACACCCAAGCUGGGCAGCGGCUCUGAUGAUGUGACAGCAAGGCCCGGGAACAGCAUGGCAUCUGGUCCUUCUCAUAUCCACAAUCGAUCAUCUCGAAUGUUAGCAAAUGUGCAAGAGCUUUCCCAUCCACAAGGCCCUAUCCGUUCGGUGUCAGAUACCAGCUCCACUUCACGCCCAUCCAUUAAAACCACAAGAAGCCCGACCAUCAAAACCAAGCCCUCGAUCCAAGACCUUGUUAACAAAUUCAACAACAACCCUGACCCAGUCCUACCUGUUCCCGCUGGCUCUCGACCUGCAUCGAUCACCGAUAGCCCGGUCGAUACUACCCAACCUUUUGACCGCAAUCUUCCCUUACCCCGACAGCGCACCCUACCGGAAUUCUCGUCGCAGAGACCUCUCGCUAACAACGUCGCGCGAUCUGAGUCGAUUCGCCCAGAGUCGCAGCCUGGUCCCUUUGAUACUGUCCCUCUGCCAUUAUUCCAACGAACCUCGGACUCCUAUGCUCCUCGACCGCUGUUUGGCGAGUUAUUGACGGUAAACACGCAAGUGAACAAUCCAGGAUUAGGAAUACCAUCAACACAGCCCAGACGACGCGGAUCCGACGGGAGCAUUCCAAGCCCCAAUCCCGCAUUCUUGGACCAUUCUGAUCCUAACUCAGCCCGGACCCCGCUUACCCCGACGGCGUGGUAUCUGGGGCAAACAAGCUCUCUGGAGGCCAUUCAACUACCAUUCGAUACAAAUAGCAGUGGGCAUCGACGCGCGCGAAGUGAUUUCCCAACACCUCUGGGCGGGCCCCUUGCAGAAGCUUGGAAUCCAGACAUGGCAGUCCCAGCGCCCUUGCGACUUAUGAAGACCGGUGACGGCCCUGAGAGCCCAAAUUCCAGGUCCCGCAUUCCUAUCUCCUCCCACCGCCGCAGCUCUGCUUCCGGGUCUCCACCUGUCUCCCCCUCCGCGAAGUCCUCGUUUAGCAAUCGUUCCACUUCGGUCGGCUUCCCCCCAAAAGGAAGCAGCCGCCUUCCUAAACCGGCUGGUGCGAGUCCACCCCGCACAGCCGGCAACAGUCCCUCGAAUUCGACCCCACGUGGCAGUGGAGUCCUGAACAAUGGCCGAACCCAUCUCUCUCUACAUGAACGGAGCCGGCAGCUUGAGGCUGUCAUUUCCAACGCUCCUUCUAAAAGAUCACCUCCGCUACGAAGCUCUCGACCCCGUCAAACGGUUUCUAAUAACACCAUAACUUCACGUCCUAGAAUCGGGGAUCGAGUUUCGUCAUUACAAAAGGCCGCCGAUCGCGAAGCUUCUCGUACCGGAGGUCAACGGCCACGCUCUCAGGUGCCGGAAAUUGGUACUGUUGAUUUCGCGACCCGUCGGCAGCGUAUCCAGCAAGCUUUCAACCGCACUGUGCAAGAGAAUGAAAGGAAGGCCGAAGAGGCAGCGGAGCUCCGACGACGAACUCAAAUUAAGGUCAAAGCAGACGCAGGCCCCCCUACGAAUGGGCAGGAUACACCAGAGUCAUCACAAAUGGCUACCACAGUGACAGUGUCUACGGAGAUUCAGAAUCGGGACGGGCUGGACCCGCAUCAAAUCCCGCAACUCCAAUUGAACACUGAAGCUCUCGACAAAAAGUCAGAAAAGAAAAUAGGGGAGGAGCAAAAUGAGAACGCCGUUCCACAGUCCGCCGUUACCGCGGACUCAUUCGAUGACCAAAUUACGACUAUUGAUCCCGAGCCGCAACUAGAAAUCGUUCCCCGGAAUGCAGCUGUAUCUCACCGUGCCCUGUUGAGUCAAAUCAUGCACAUCCGUGAAUCAAGUUCAAGUGCUGAUUCAUGUGAUGACAAUGACUGCAGCUUGUCCGAGGCCGAUGAUCACAAAGUUCCAGUCGAGGUGAUGCUUGGUGGGACAACAUACUUCCAUUCCCCUCCAGAUGAUGGUGGAAGUAAGUCGGCUCGUCAACAAGAUUCCAAAGACAAAGCUCGCUGGAGUACGGGUUCAUGGUCCUCAUCUGUGCACCAAAAUCAUGAAACUAUCGAGGAAGAGUGUGAUGAAGACGAUGACAGCGGAGACGAUUUGAUCUUGCAAAUGCCGACCCCGGCACAUGAGGGAGCUCCAACAAUCGAAACAUGCUCUGUCUCGUCGUCCACACGCCCAUCGUCAGUCAUCGAAGAUGAAGAGCCUACUAGUCCACUCCAGGAUAUUGGUAUUAUGGGACCAGAUACUCUUCAAGAUAUGCCAAAUCCCAUCAAAAGCCUGUUCUCCACCCCACCGAGUCUUGCUAAGCAGGGCAAAUGGGAUUCUCGGCGUGUCACCCAGCUCUAUUUGGAACAGCUAACGCGCGGGCGACAUGCAAAUGUUGGCCUUCCGACAUCGAACCCUUCAAUUGGACCUUCUAAUGCAAAUGCGCGCUCUCGUCCACCUCCCCGAUCAUACACUCCACUCGAGCAGCGUCCUGCAGUUCCAGAUACCUUGCAAGAAGAGCCGUCGGUCGCCCUUCCUCCGUCGGGCGAAAACCGCGCCAGUUUGUUCCAGCCUGGUGACUGGGAAGAUGCAUCACCUUCUAUGUUAGACUGGAUGCAAUAUGCGGCCGACGAUACAGCUUCCACGCCUGUAGAGGAAAAGCAGACCUACAUGCCCGAAGCCGCAUCCGUGCCUAAGGUUAUGGAGCCCGUCGCGGAACUCGAUGCUACUCAUGGACAGAAAUAUGGGCUGGGACUGUCGAAUGCUCGAAGCCCCAUCGAUACUCUAUCAACAGUUGCCGAGCUUGCUACGGCCUCCGUUUACACAGAUGUGGAGCCAGAUAUCAGUCGCGAUCCCGGCAUUAGGCCAACCGCUCGCGGACAAGGGCAUAGUGUCGCAAGCAGUGAGGACUCUUCUCUGCGCCAGGCUGGCCCUAGCCAUUCUCCUAACCCUGCCGAUUCGUCUGCAACAUCUCUGGCAGUUUCCGCUGAUCAAUCGCGGACAGACACGAAGAAGUCCCCAUCGCCUGAACAGCAGCGAUUGAGGAAGCGUCGUCAUAUCAUCAAGGAGCUUGUUGACACCGAGACUGCCUUUGGCCGUGAUAUGAAGGUUGUUGAAGAUAUCUACAAGGGAACUUCGGGCUCCUGCCUUGACCUCUCCGCAGAGGACGUGAAGAUACUGUUUGGCAACUCUGACCAACUUGUCCAAUUCUCUCUGGCCUUCUCGGAAGCUCUGAAGCACGCUGCACAGACUGUUUAUAUCGAGCAGAAGGCCCGUUGGGGGAGCAGACGCAACGCUCGCCCCCAAGACAACCAAUCAGGUGGGAAUGAGCAAAUUUCCCAUAACGGGGGUCCAGAUGAUUACGAAAAUGAUCGCGCUACUUCUAUCGGCGAUGCAUUUGUUCUCAAUAUGGGUCAGAUGGAAAAGAUCUAUUCCGACUACCUCCGUAAUCAUGAUGCUGCGAACAAGAAGCUUCUGAGUCUGCAGAAAAACCCAAAGGUUGCCAUAUGGUUGAAAGAAUGUCGAGAGUGGGCAUCUGAUUUGACAACAGCUUGGGAUUUGGAUUCCUUGCUGGUCAAGCCGGUACAGCGAAUUACUAAAUACCCGCUGCUAUUGACAGAGCUCUUGCAAGCUACGCCUGAAGAUCACCCAGACCAUGCCAAUCUGCUGAAAGCAUCCCAAGAGGUUCGCAAGGUCUCCACCCGGAUCAACGAUAUGAAGAAGCGAGCCGAUGUCGUGGGUCAGAUUGUCAGCCGCAAACGUAACCAAUCGGACGUUCGAUCCGGUCUAUCCAAGGCUUUUGGUCGCCGAACCGAGAAGUUGCGCCAGCAAGUGGGGAUGUCGGAUAUGGUGGAAGACAAAGAAUACGACUCGUUAUCUCAGCGCUUCAGUGAUGGAUUCUUCCAAUUGCAGGUCGUCAUGCGGGACGUCGAGAUGUACACUAGAGAAACACAGCGUGCCAUGGAUCAGCUGAACGACUUUGUGGUUGCCAUUGACAACAUGAUCAACGUCGCCCAGUCCAACUAUCCAGAGUUGGAGAGCAAAUGGCGCGAGUUCAAGGUCUCGAUGCGGGAGAUCUUUACGGUGGUCUUGCCUGAACAUCUCGAGGUGGUCCGCAGAAGCGUGAUCCAACCGAUGAUCUCAUUGCUUAAGUUGCACGAAGGUCCUCAGCGGAUUAUGAAGAAGCGUGACAAGCGUCUCCUUGACUAUGCUCGCUACAAGGCCCUCGCAGAGCGUGGCGACAAACCAGACAAGAAGACCACCGAACAAGGUGAACAGUUUAUUGCCUUGAACGACACUCUGAAGGACGAGCUGCCAAGACUCUAUUCCUUGACUGCAAAGCUCAUGGAAACGUGUCUCAUGAAUUUCAUCCAAAUUCAAACCCGGUGGUGGAACACAUUUCAGAGAAGAGUCCACGCUCAUGUGGAUGACUUCCCCCAGGAUUUGGAGAAGAUCAUCCGCGACUGGAACAGCGACUACACUUUCUCCGAGGCUCAGGUUCUCUCUCUUGGAAUCUGUAACGGAUCUCUGUUGGCAGAUGCCGUCAACCUGGUUAACUUCAAUACCCCUUCUGAAGGACGUCGCUCGUCUACCGUGACCAGCUCGAACCGGCCCCCGUCCUUGGUGGAACCCGAACCGCCAAAGCUUUCUCAGGAGUUUGGCACCGGCAUGAGCCAGCUCUUUAGCUCACCGAAGAGAUCAAGCUUCCCACGCCGGGAAAGCCAGUCGAAUGCGAGUCGCCGACGUGCCAAUUCAGCUAUGUCCAAUGGUGAUGCGCCAUCUCCUGCUACACCGGAGACCAGUCGCACUUCCAUCUUUGGCAGCCAGCCGCGCAGCAGAAUGUCAGCAGGUGAAAACAAUCAAGCUAGCCGCCAAUCUGCUGGAACAUUCUCCGGUCUCCCACGCCUUAGCCUGGACGCACCUCUACUUGCCGAGAUCCUUCAUGCCACAUCCAAUGAGAACGAGACUGCUCCCCUCAGUCCCAGUCGCUACUCUGGCUUUUUCUCAUCUGCAAUGCCAAUGUCCGAUGGUGCCAACGAGUCCCGCCCCAGUAACGCAGAGCCGCCAGCGCCAGCGCCUGCCGAACCACGUCACGAUCCCAAAGUCCUGUUCCUUGCGGCCAGUAUCUACGAAUUCAAUAUCGACCGUGCCCGCCGUGAGGCCGGAUACCCUUACUUGACCUAUGUGGCUGGCGAAAUCUUCGAUGUCAUCGGCGAGAAGGGCGAGCUCUGGCUGGCUCGCAACCAAGAUGACCCCACGAGUCAAGUGGGAUGGAUCUGGAACAAGCACUUUGCUAAAUUAUCGUCCUAG